AUGGCUCUAGGAGAUAAUUACAGGAACGCCCACCCAACCUCUAAUCUCAAAGCUGUGAACCCAAGUCAUUCCUCGUACGAGAUUCUUGAUCCAUCAAAUACUGCAACAUUGGAUCAUAUCGUUGAAAUGAACAUGUUCGAUUUGACGUUAAAUACACUACCCGGCUUCGCCAUACAGAAUCUCAUCUACUCUGUCCAAAAUCACCCUCUCAAGUUGAAAGAUAUGAUGGCGCAAUACUUGUCUCUAAUAACCCUCGCAUCUGCCCUUUUGUAUUCGUCGAAUCGCGUGGCGAUGGCCCACCAGGACCUUUCAACUCGAGCGGAUCUGCAAACCUGCCUGAAUGGUCUAAACGUGACACUACCUGAUGAUCCUACCUUCCAGUCAGAAAGCCAAUCUCUCAAUGCUAGGGUGUCGUUCGCCCCAGCUGCGAUUGUCCAUCCGUCCGUAAAGUCCUUAUUGCUUUCGCUCUCUACGUUUCUAAUCUCCGUUUUGUUGUUUCACAACAGGAAUUCGGUUCAGGAUGUCGAAAAGGUCGUAAAAUGUGGCGCAAGUUCAGGAGUGCCCGUCGUAGGGCGUAGUGGAGGACAUUCCUACGCCGGCUUUGGUCUCGGAGGAGUUGAUGGAGCCCUCGUUUGUGACCUCUCCCACAUGAAGAAUAUCACGCUCGUCGGUGACAAUGCCGUAGUUCAAACGGGUAAUCUCCUCGGUGAGGUUGCGACUUACCUCUGGGAAAACGGCCAAAAGGCACUCCCUCAUGGCACGUGCCCAAAGGUCGGUACCGGGGGUCACACUUCCUAUGGUGGUUUUGGACCAUUUAGUCGUAUGCAUGGGCUGCUGUUGGACCGCGUCGUCAGUGCCGAGGUCGUUCUUGCCAAUGGUACAACCGUUACGGCUUCCCAGUCCUCCAACCCUGACCUUCUUUGGGCUCUUAAAGGUGCAGGACCAUCGUUUGGAAUCGUCACCUCUUGGACAUAUGCAACGGUGCCGGCUCCUCCCACCGCGGUAGCUUAUGAUAUCGACCUUCCUUAUUUCUUGACUCCCGAGAGUCUUGCUUCGACAUUCAACAAAUUCCAAAGCUUUGUCCGCACUGCUCCCAAAGAACUUGCCAUGUCAUUUUCGAUGGGUGCUUAUGCGAACGGUGUUAUACUUGGAGGGUUCUUCCAAGGGAAUUACUUUGGCACCAAAGCUGAAUUUGAAGCGUUGGUAAAUCCUUUCAUCGAGUCUGUGCAGGGGACCGUCCGCGACGCCAAUGAAUAUGCGGAUUGGACAAAGGUCCUGGUGCAUAAUGCCUACAACGAAUCCCUCGUCACUGCGACUCCAUACCCUCAAAGCACAUUCUUCACCAAGUCCUACGUCGCCGUAGACACCUUAUCUGACGCUGCGGUGGCCAACUGGACGACCUAUCUGGUUAAUAAGGCUGCGCGUUCAGAUGUCAAUUGGUUUAUUCAAGUUGAUAGGUACGGAGGUGCUGUAGCUGAUUUCAAUACGUCAACCUCGAGUUUCAAACACCGCGACGCAUUCCUGGUGUUCCAGUGCUCAGGUUCCUCGACCAACAACACGGCCUAUCCCAGCGAUGGAAUUGAUGUCACUCACGCCCCUGUAGACCCCAAUUACAUUGAUCCAACGCUCACCCUCCAAGAGUGGCAGUCACAGUACUUUGGGGACAAUAUGCCAAGGCUGAUAGGAAUCAAAGCUCUCUAUGAUCCGAAUAACGUCUUUUCGUUCCCGCAGUCCAUCCCAGUUCAAGAAUCGGCCAACUCGACGACGAACUCUCAGUCUUCGUCACCACCAUCCUUCACCUACAGCUCAUCACUCAUCCAGGCAUUGGUUGGAAUACAAUAUAUACAUUUGAUUCAUUACACUGUCUGUGAUUCUGGUGAACUAAAUGUUGUGGUCAAUAAAGGCGACAAAGUUGAAGAUGUAGAAGAAGAGGAACUCCUGCAGUCUAUUGUCACCCCUGAUGCAUCAAAUGCUUCAGCACUUGGACUCGUAGACCAAAGAAAUGAUCUGGUGACUCUGAGGUUUGAAUUCGAUAGGCCCAACACUGUGUCAAACGUCAACGCAGACCAUAAGACCUCUGAGUCCCCAGGCAAACACAAGAGAAGGGGAUUAAAAUCCAAUUCCAAACCACAGAGAGUGCCCCAAGCGAAGAAGACUGUGAUAGAAAUUGACCUUGCCCAGGAUAUCACUGCUCUGAGAAGCAGAACUGGCGACACAGGGCGAUGGUUGAUAUGUACUGACCGUUAUAGCAUCCUUUUCGCAUGGAAGGUACUACAGCAACUUUACACCAAUGAUCCUGGAGGUCUCUUCGACCCUAUAUCUCUCAAAUCUGCCAGUGUUUUAGAAUUGGGAGGUGGGACCGGCUUACUAGGCUUAUUACUCGCACCACACGUCCAGAGAUACAUUUGUACCGAUCUACCAGAACUCAUACCUCUUAUCAAAAAGAACAUUUCCAUCAACAAUAAGGCUCUCUCAGGCUCUGAGGGGCCACUACUGGCGGAGCCUCUCAAUUGGGUCGACGUUUACGAGUGCCCCCCUAAUUCUCGCCAUCGCCUCUUUUCGCGAAACCUUUACAUUCAAUCAGAAGACAUCAGUGUAGAUGGGAAUUCUAAUUCGGGAGCGGAUCUUGUACUAGCAGUGGACUGUGUCUACAAUCCUGCUUUGGUCCCUCCUCUCCUAACCACCAUAGAUCUUUUCGCUUCUCCUGGGAGAACUGUAGUUCUCGUGGUAAUGGAGCUAAGAGAUGAAGACGUCGUGCGAGAUUUUCUCGUGAAAUGGACCGAGAUGCCGGACUGGGAGAUAUGGAGGAUUGGGAACGAGAAUCAUCGCUCUCAUCUGGACGCUAGAUUCGCAAUUUGGGUCGGAAAGAAGACUAUAAAUUCCUAA